AUGUCGGCUGGCAAAUAUACCAUGCCUUACCUUAUGUUUGCAUACUCUGAAACGAGCACUGUUAGCGGGUCCAAAAGACAGGGUGGAACCAGCAACCAGGAAUCCGACUCGCACAGCAGUAGUGAGCAGCUAGUUACUGGUGAGAAUCUUUCCUCAGGCAGUAGUGAGCGGCUAGUUACCGGUGAGAAUCUUUCCUCAGGCAGUAGUGAGCGGCUAGUUACCGGUGAGAAUCUUUCCUCAGGCAGUAGUGAGCGGCUAGUUACUGGUGAGAAGCUUUCCUCAGGCAGUAGUGAGCGGCUAGUUACCGGUGAGAAUCUUUCCUCAGGCAGUAGUGAGCGGCUAGUUACCGGUGAGAAUCUUUCCUCAGGCAGUAGUGAGCGGCUAGUUACUGGUGAGAAUCUUUCCUCAGGCAGUAGUAAGCGGCUAGUUACCGGUGAGAAUCUUUCCUCAGGCAGUAGUGAGCGGCUAGUUACCGGUGAGAAUCUUUCCUCAGGCAGUAGUGAGUGGCUAGUUACCGGUGAGAAUCUUUCCUCAGGCAGUAGUGAGCGGCUAGUUACCGGUGAGAAUCUUUCCUCAGGCAGUAGUGAGCGGCUAGUUACUGGUGAGAAGCUUUCCUCAGGCAGUAGUGAGCGGCUAGUUACCGGUGAGAAUCUUUCCUCAGGCAGUAGUGAGCGGCUAGUUACCGGUGAGAAUCUUUCCUCAGGCAGUAGUGAGCGGCUAGUUACUGGUGAGAAUCUUUCCUCAGGCAGUAGUAAGCGGCUAGUUACCGGUGAGAAUCUUUCCUCAGGCAGUAGUGAGCGGCUAGUUACCGGUGAGAAUCUUUCCUCAGGCAGUAGUGAGCGGCUAGUUACCGGUGAGAAUCUUUCCUCAGGCAGUAGUGAGCGGCUAGUUACUGGUGAGAAUCUUUCCUCAGGCAGUAGUGAGCGGCUAGUUACUGGUGAGAAUCUUUGCUCAGGCAGUAGUGAGCGGCUAGUUACUGGUGAGAAUCUUUCCUCAGGCAGUAGUGAGUGGCUAGUUACCGGUGAGAAUCUUUCCUCAGGCAGUAGUGAGCGGCUAGUUACUGGUGAGAAUCUUUCCUCAGGCAGUAGUGAGCGGCUAGUUACUGGUGAGAAUCUUUCCUCAGGCAGUAGUGAGCGGCUAGUUACUGGUGAGAAUCUUUGCUCAGGCAGUAGUGAGCGGCUAGUUACUGGUGAGAAGCUUUCCUCAAGCAGUAGUGAGCGGCUAGUUACCGGUGAGAAUCUUUCCUCAGGCAGUAGUGAGUGGCUAGUUACUGGUGAGAAUCUUUGCUCAGGCAGUAGUGAGCGGCUAGUUACUGGUGAGAAUCUUUGCUCAGGCAGUAGUGAGCGGCUAGUUACUGGUGAGAAGCUUUCCUCAUGCAGUAGUGAGCAGCUAGUUACCGGUGAGAAUCUUUCCUCAGGCAGUAGUGAGUGGCUAGUUACCGGUGAGAAUCUUUCCUCAGGCAGUAGUGAGUGGCUAGUUACCGGUGAGAAUCUUUCCUCAGGCAGUAGUGAGCGGCUAGUUACCGGUGAGAAUCUUUCCUCAGGCAGUAGUGAGCGGCUAGUUACUGGUGAGAAUCUUUGCUCAGGCAGUAGUGAGUGGCUAGUUACCGGUGAGAAUCUUUCCUCAGGCAGUAGUGAGCGGCUAGUUACCGGUGAGAAUCUUUCCUCAGGCAGUAGUGAGCGGCUAGUUACUGGUGAGAAUCUUUCCUCAGGCAGUAGUGAGCGGCUAGUUACUGGUGAGAAUCUUUCCUCAGGCAGUAGUGAGCAGCUAGUUACUGGUGAGAAUCUUUCCUCAGGCAGUAGUGAGUGGCUAGUUACCGGUGAGAAUCUUUCCUCAGGCAGUAGUGAGCGGCUAGUUACUGGUGAGAAUCUUUCCUCAGGCAGUAGUGAGCGGCUAGUUACUGGUGAGAAUCUUUCCUCAGGCAGUAGUGAGCGGCUAGUUACUGGUGAGAAUCUUUCCUCAGGCAGUAGUGAGAGGCUAGUUACUGGUGAGAAUCUUUGCUCAGGCAGUAGUGAGCGGCUAGUUACCGGUGAGAAUCUUUCCUCAGGCAGUAGUGAGCGGCUAGUUACUGGUGAGAAUCUUUCCUCAGGCAGUAGUGAGCGGCUAGUUACUGGUGAGAAUCUUUCCUCAGGCAGUAGUGAGCAGCUAGUUACUGGUGAGAAUCUUUCCUCAGGCAGUAGUGAGUGGCUAGUUACCGGUGAGAAUCUUUCCUCAGGCAGUAGUGAGCGGCUAGUUACUGGUGAGAAUCUUUCCUCAGGCAGUAGUGAGCGGCUAGUUACUGGUGAGAAUCUUUCCUCAGGCAGUAGUGAGCGGCUAGUUACUGGUGAGAAUCUUUGCUCAGGCAGUAGUGAGCGGCUAGUUACUGGUGAGAAGCUUUCCUCAAGCAGUAGUGAGCGGCUAGUUACCGGUGAGAAUCUUUCCUCAGGCAGUAGUGAGUGGCUAGUUACUGGUGAGAAUCUUUGCUCAGGCAGUAGUGAGCGGCUAGUUACUGGUGAGAAUCUUUGCUCAGGCAGUAGUGAGCGGCUAGUUACUGGUGAGAAGCUUUCCUCAUGCAGUAGUGAGCAGCUAGUUACCGGUGAGAAUCUUUCCUCAGGCAGUAGUGAGUGGCUAGUUACCGGUGAGAAUCUUUCCUCAGGCAGUAGUGAGCGGCUAGUUACCAGGGGCAGCAAAAAGCCUCCUCUUUAG